AAUACUGACGGGCAGCGCCGCCUGCUGGAGGACUGAUGUACUGCGUCCACCGCUGGUGAUCGCGCGGGCAGCGUUGCCGUGUGUCGCGGUGCAUGUCGGGCCGCUGGCGGUGGAUCAUGGAGGGUUUGGGGCUUCAGGCCGUGGCUCUGAGCGACGGAUCCACUGCUUACAUACAGCAGACCAUCAGCGAUGGGAGUCUGGUGGAGGGAAACACCAUUCAGCUGGAGGACGGGACCACCGCGUUCAUUCAACACGUCACCGUUCAACAGAAAGAGUCGCUGGCGUUCGAGGACGGUCAGGCCGUACAGCUGGAAGACGGAAGCACGGCGUUCAUUCACCACACGCCUAAAGGGUUCGACCCCGGCGCGGUGGAGGCCGUUCAGCUGGAGGACGGCAGUACGGCGUACAUCCACCACCAGAUGAACACGGAUGCCGACGCCAUGGGCACGCUGGAGAACUACACCACCAAGCUGACGGGAUCAGAGGUGGAGGUCGAUGAAAAUAUCGAGAACACAAAUGGAGCGGAGCAGACCAGCAUACAGCUGAUGUUUGAGGGGAAGGUCUGGAGCUCCAGUAAAGUUCAGCAGGUCGGAGAGAAGAGUUUCCGCUGUGGACACACGGGCUGUGGCCGCUUCUACACAACAGCACACCAUCUGAAGGUGCACGAGCGCUCUCACACGGGCGACCGUCCGUACAGGUGCGAGGUGCCGUCCUGCGGUAAAGCGUUCGCCACGGGAUACGGCCUCAAGAGCCACCUGCGCACGCACACGGGAGAGAAACCCUACAAAUGCCCCGAGGACAUGUGCUACAAAGCCUUCAAAACCUCCGGAGACCUGCAGAAACACGUGCGCACGCACACCGGCGAGAAGCCGUUUAAAUGUCCGUUCGAGGGCUGCGGGCGUUCCUUCACCACGUCCAACAUCCGCAAGGUUCACACGCGCACGCACACGGGCGAGAGGCCGUACCUGUGUCCGGAGCCGUCCUGCGGGAGAGCGUUCGCCAGCGCUACCAACUACAAGAACCACAUGAGGAUACACACAGGUGAGAAGCCGUAUCUGUGUACGGUUCCCGGCUGCGGGAAGAGUUUCACGGAAUAUUCCAGUCUUUAUAAGCAUCAUGUGGUUCACACACACUGUAAGCCGUACACCUGCAGCCACUGCGGGAAGACCUACAGACAGACGUCCACGCUGGCCAUGCACAAGCGCACCGCGCACGGAGACUUCGACACCGCCGAGGACGACGCAGAGGUUUUUCAGGCGUCGCCGCAGGGCACCGAGCAGAACGAACGUGAUGCCGAAGUUACCAUGGAAACAGACGACAUCAUCAGCUCACACCUGCAGGUCCUCGGCACGGCCGUUACCAUGGUAACCCAGGAUGGAACCACCAUCGCCGUCCCCGCCCACCAGGGCCGCACUGGGCAGCAGGUCACCAUGGUUACAGAUGGCAAAGAGCUGCAGCCGGUUGCCAUAGUAACGUCAGACGACAUCAUGACCGAAGUGAGCUCGUCGCCGUACCAGCAGGUGGCGCUGCUAGCCACGGAGAACGGCACACAGAUCGCAGUACAGUUAGAAGAUCAGCAGACAUUAGAGGAGGCGAUCACCAUGGCAACAGCAGCAAUUCAGCACAGCGGACUGACCUCAGAUCAGUGACAGCUGAAAAUCACAGACGCCUUUUUAAUGUUUAGUGUGUAUGAGGGAGAAUUUGGUAUUUUUACUGCUUUGAGCCAGUAGAAGUAAAACAUGAUGAAAAUAAAGAUGUAUAUUUGUUAAUAAACAAGCUUUAUGCAGUA